CAACUGGGUUUACCAAGACAUAGUGGUACAAGCAGUACAGAUCUUAUGAAGGGGAAAUAUUAAGAUUAUAUGAUGCCGUUAUAUGACUUUCAAGACAUUUUUGGAUGAAUUCUGAACUCCUGUUUCUCUAGUGACGGAUGAUCCUCAAUCUUAAUCCAUCUCCCAACAAUGGACCGAUGCUCCACCCGGGUCUGGGAUCAACCCAUUUGGGUCAUGACAACGGCACUGAGGUGAACGGCAAUCUCGAUCUCAUACGGAGAGGAAGGGAAGUGACCGAACUUCCCCUGCAGGAUGGACAUCGAGUGCAGCUCAGCGGUCUCACAAAGACCUGAAUGCUCAGGAGAGGCCUGAUGAAUUUAGUUUCCAUGUGAGAGAGUAAAAACAACUUUGACAGCAGCGAUGUUUUAACAGGGAAAAUCUGGCAAGAAAAACCCGACAGUCGGCCGAAUGCAGCUGACGGCCGUCACCGCGUCGGUGGAAAGCAUCGCUUGGCGGCAGGAUCCUCGCCGUCAUGGCUGCAAAACACACGAUGUAAUCAUCAAGGUAAGCUGCAUGGUCGACAUGAUCGAUGGAAUCUGGGAGGUGUGUGUGUGUGUGUGUGUGUGCGUCUCAGUGGGCGUUGCCCUGAGGAUUCUGCAACAUGCUCUCGAGUCGCGUUCUUGUUUUAGACAGCAAAUAUUUACAAAGCAGCAAGCCAAGGAAAAUGUCCCACUGCACAAAAAUAAGGUGGGCCGCAAAGAAGAGCUGUUAAAUUUGUACGGAUUGUUUGUACUCGAUGUUUUUUUAUUCACUGCUUUUUCUUUUUUUGAAAACUAUAUUGAGGUCAUUAAAAUUCAAAAUAAAUAAGGGCCCCAUUGCUAAAUAAUGAAACGUGUUUAGUUUCAGUAUUUGAACACAUUAUUUAUUGAAUUGCUCAGGCAGAUGGUUUUUAUUUCUUUUUAUUAGUCUUCAGUGUGCAAACACUGGUUAAAGUGACCAAUUUGUUUAUUGACCUCAGUAAAAUGUGCAUCAUGUUCACAGAUUAUUUUGUUUAUAUCUCGAUGUUGCCAACUUGCUUUUUAAUUGUAAACAUACAGACAAAUACUUUUUAUAUAUCUAUAUAUGAAAUGCAUUGGUAUGACAUAUCGUAACACCUACCUGUGUCUAUCUAUCCUCCUUUUUGGUUUUAAAACAGGUCUCAGAUGUCGAUUCAAUCGUUAAAAAUCGUUCAAAUAACCUGAAGCGCAUUUUUUAAAUCACGGGCUCGUACUUAAACAACAGCGACGGGUUUAAUGAUGAGAGUCAGUUCCCACCGUCGGCCCUUCUGCUGAGUCACGCUCUCAAACCCGACCGGACCCCCGGCCUCUUUCCUCACUCCGCUCCUCUGGGUUCACGAGCAACGCGCCAGGUUGUGCGAGGUUGUGCGAGGUUGUGUAAGGUUGUGUAAGGUUGUGUAAGGUGUGCGAUGAUUCACCGCUGAGUGUUCAAUUGCUGCAUGCAGGCCGUUCUUGCAGGUGUGUGCGUGUGUGCGCGUGUGUGUGUGUGUUCCUAGUGUUUGAGAGACUUGAGAAUCUCUUUCGCGGUCGAGGCAGGUGGUCACGAUCCACGACAAUCCACGGCCUCCUUUUGUCUGUCGCUUCCAUGCCAAUUAAAGAUCAGUGUAGACCUGCAUGCGUGCACGCGCACAAAGCUGCUACACGCACACCCGACACAACAACAUGACGCUGUCAUGGAACGGGAGAGGGAAAGCCUCCGAAUUCAGCCUGCGGAGGAGAAGCAGCGCUCACACACCGUAAAUAACACACACACACACACACACACACACAGCCUGUCUGUCUUUCUUUCCCCAUUCUGUCUGACGGACACACACACACACACACACACACACCGCUCCUCUCUCACACUCCCUCAAAUCUUACCGAGCUCAGCUCUCCCUGCUCACAGGCAGACGGGAGCAGCACCAGCAGCCCGCUGGAGGAGUUGAGGGACGGAGCAGCAGAGUCAGAGAGAAGGUGGGAGGAGGGGGGGGGGGGGAGAAAAGGGGGGCGUGGGGGGUAUGAAGGAGUAAAGCAGAAAGCGCUGUUAUCCAUAUGCUGAGGAGGCACGAGCGGUUCAACAAGGCCAGGCCCCCCCCAGCCCUCCUGCCCCCCCCCCCCACCCCACCCCGGAGCGUCAGACCCCGAUCCCCCAGAGAGCCUGCAAGCGCCGCCGAACCCACGCGUAAGCCAGAAGGAGGAGAGCCAGGGAGGAGAGAAAAGGAAAAAAAACGGUGUGGGGGAGGAGGAGGAGGAGGAGGAGGAGGAGAGGGAAGAAAGCCACAACGGUAGGCUGUCCCACCCGACUGCUCCGGCGUGAUGACGUCGGCGGGCCAUGUGACCCGGGCUCUCCAGUGACGGCGCGUGGAGGGCAGGAAAGAGACGAGUUUUAAAGCUGGUGCCUGCCGGCUUGUGUGAGCCUCCGCUCGCCUCCCCAACAACCACAGAACCACAGAGUGCGGCUCGGGGUCGGUGUUUGAGGGCGACCCGGAGUGUAAAUGGUUAAUCGUCGCGGGCCAGGACCAGUCACAGGGACGGCGCUAAGCGAGUAAGACGUGUCAAGGGUCACGGAAACCGCAGAGGAACCGAAGCGGGGCUCGCUGCAGCCAGAGGCAGCCAUGGCAUCCAACAGCCUCUUCAGCACCGUGACGCCAUGUCAGCAGAACUUCUUCUGGGAUCCCAGCGCGAGUCGGAGGUUCAGCCCGCCGUCCAACAGCCUCCAGCCGGUCUCCGGGAAGAUGAACGAUGUGAGCUCUCCUACCGGCCAGCCGGACGCGGCGGCGGUGCCAAGACUGCGGCCCCACGAAAACCGCAGCAUGGCCGAGAUCAUCGCCGACCACCCGGCCGAGCUGGUCCGGACCGACAGCCCCAACUUCCUCUGCUCGGUGCUGCCCUCCCACUGGCGGUGCAACAAGACGCUGCCCGUCGCCUUCAAGGUGGUAGCCCUGGGUGACAUAUCUGAUGGGACCGUUGUCACGGUGAUGGCGGGCAACGACGAGAACUACUCGGCCGAGCUGCGGAACGCCUCGGGCGUGAUGAAGAACCAAGUGGCGCGCUUCAACGACCUCCGCUUCGUGGGCCGCAGCGGCAGAGGCAAGAGCUUCACGCUGACAAUCACGGUAUUCACCAACCCGCCACAAGUGGCCACUUACCACCGCGCCAUAAAGGUCACCGUGGAUGGACCGCGUGAGCCCAGGAGACAUCGUCAGAAACUUGAGGACCCUCCCAAAAGCGGCCUCUUCUCAGACCGCCUUAGUGAGCUGGAGAGGAUGAGGGUGAGGGUCGCCAUUCCCACUCAGGGCCCCCGGCCAACUCUCAACACGGGGGCCGCCUCCUUCAACCCGCAGGGACAGACGCAGAUCACAGACCCCCGUCAGUCGCAGUCGUCUCCUCCCUGGUCCUACGAGCAGACGUACCCGUCCUACCUGAGUCCCAUGGCGUCGCCCUCCGUCCACUCCACCACGCCGCUCUCCUCCAGCCGGGGCACGGGUCUGCCCGCCAUCAGCGACGUGCCCAGACGACUGCCAGGUUCCUCUGAUCUGAGCCCGUUCCCCGCUCAGUUCGAGCGCCAGUUCCCCGGCCUGCCCCCCCUGGCCGAGACCCGCUUCUCCAGCCCGCGGAUGCACUACCCGGCCACCUUCACCUACACCCCGCCGGUCACCUCCGCCAUGUCGCUGGGCAGCGCCCACUACCACACCUACCUUCCCCCCCCCUACCCGGGCUCCACCCAGACCCAGAGCGGACCCUUCCAGACCAGCAGCACGCCGUAUCUCUACUACGGCGCCUCGUCCGGCUCCUACCAGUUCUCCAUGGUCCCCGGGGGGGAUCGCUCGCCCUCCCGGAUGAUCCCGCCUUGCACUAGCGCCUCCACGGGCACCUCCCUGGUGAACCCCAACCUGCCCAGCCAGUCGGAGGGAGGCGUGGACGCCGACGGGAGCCACAGCAACUCCCCCACCGUGCUCAACCCCGGGGGCCGCAUGGACGAGGCCGUCUGGAGGCCGUAUUGAGAAGAAAAAAAAAAAAAGGGACCGGCGCUCCGAUGACGUCGUGGUUCGAAAGCACAAAAGCUUUUUCUUUUUUUUUUCCCCUUUGAAAAGGGGAUUUUCGAGCUCUCGUCUCUGCUUUUUUUUUUUUUUACUUGGAAAUUAAGGUUGAGAUAAAAAGAGAAGAGAAAGCGGCUCGCGUGGACUUGCCUUCCUGGAAUGUGUUUUGGCCGAGGCGCCACAAAGGGAGCCGUCCUGACAGCAAUAACCAGAGACCGUUUUGCUUCACUCGGCCCCUUUCUGUUCUAUUAUAACCCACAAGCUAAGGGAUGCUUCAAACUAUAUCUGCAAACAAACUGCCUCUUUUGUAUUGUGUUUGUACUUCAAUAAGGCUUUUUGCAGAGCAUGUUUUUGUACUUCGACGACAUCAAGAUGCAAGUUAGGCACUGAGUAGCAAGUGAUGAGGUCACGCAUACGUUACCGUCAGCGGUGUGAACAGGAAAUCUGCUUUAAACCAAUUAAUUUAACUUGUAUAUUGUGGGUGAAACGUUGAUGUAGAUUGAAGCGUUUUCUUAGUUUUAACUUAUAAAGCCAUAAAUUAUGUAUUGUAUUUGAAACUUGAGUCAAAGAAGUGUAAUCUGAAUAUUUUUAAUGCAUCUAUACGACUAAGUUAAAAAUUUAUAUUUCUUUCUUUUUGAUUGGUAAUUUAAGAGAGUGAGAGGGUUUUUUUUUUUUGUAGUACCCAAAGAUCAAAAAUCGUUUCGAAUAUGAAAUGUGAUUUCCAAAGAGUAUUGCAACGUGUUUCUCCCAGUCGCCCCCCCCCCCCCCCCCGUUCUGAUCGGAAUCAAACCUGAACUGGUAUUUAUUGAGCAAUAACUGGUAUCGUGCCUCUCGGCAGAAUACUGAACUGAUAUCUUUGGUCGAUCUAGUCUGAUAUGCACACAGAAACAAAUGUAUUUUAAAUAAGAAACGGUACAUUUGUACAAGAACUGAUACGUCGGCCAACGACGAUGGCGCCGCGGGUGCAGGUCGGAGGUCACGCUUCACUCGCUCCGCGGUACACUAACUCCUCAGGACCGGAAUCAUCUCAAACGGCACAGAUUUUGGUAAAUCUGCAUGUUUGGGAGUUUUUUUUUUUUUUUUCAUAUCCAAUCCGGCUGAAUGGCUCGUGGUCAUCGGGGGAACAGUUUGUCUUGGCGUGUGACACACACGGGUACUUUCUUUGCUCCUUUCCUUCCCUCCUUCAGUCUCUGAGGCCGCAAACGAAACGAUCGCAGCCGAAGACCAAAGACUGUGACAUUCCUUCUGACAAUUAUUUAUUUGACCUUAUUCUUCUGCUCCUGCUUCUCCUUCCGUAACCUCCUCGUCUAAAAGACACCAGUGUGAAAGGAGGUCUUUUUUGUUGUUGUUGUUGUUGUUUUUUUUGCUAAAGUUGAAGGAAGGUGAUUGGAUGCAGCUGCUGGCAGCAAACUGGUGACCAAAAGACUUGUGUAUGUUUGUUUCGCAAAGCACUUAUUCCUUGUUUUAUUUCUAGCAGCACGUGCGGCCGGCUGCCAGCAGGGCUCGUGGUUUCUGGUCCUCGGUGCCGAUGUAACGCCAUCGAGUCUCACACACACACACACACUCGGAUAACAUUUGGCCAAAACGAGCCGUUUGCACGUGGGAUUUGAAUGUGAUCUCACGAGGCAGUUUGCUGUUUGUUUAAGAGCGUUUUCCCCUCGCGUUCGUACGGUACGACGUUCAGUGCAUGAAGGUGUAACACAAGAACCCAAUUUGAGAAGCUGAGAAAAACGAGUCCCCGUCCAAGAAGCUCCGCACGCGGCGCGUCUCUGCAGAGGAUGUUCUGAACUCACUUAAUGGAAUCGAACAUAUCGCACCACGUUUCUCCUUUUCUGCAGUUACGGCGUAACACGAGAAAGCAAAUUUUAAAAAAAACGUUCCGAUUUCCGCGAUGCUGAAGCUUUUCUCCCCACUGCGCAGGCAUCCAGUGUGUCUGUGCACAUCUGUUGGAAUUUAUGUAAUCCUUUUCUUUCUUUCCAAGCUAUGAACAGGAAACGGUCUUUGAGACGUGUUUACACAUCAACGCAGCACUGACAUCCCGCUCGUCCUCAUCUGCUUUUGUUUGUGUUUUUUCUUUUCCUCUCAGUAAACAAAGUUCAUCCCCUUUUUUUCUUUCCUUUCGGGUUAAAUGUUGCGUAUUAUUUAAUGAUCAUGUAUGAUAUCCAGGAACCAUAGCUUACUCUGCUCUCAUGUAAAGAUGACUUGUUGUGUCUUUUGUUGUGCUUCUUCUCUCAUUAACUGUCAGGAACUAAUGGAGGUCCGUUAGAUGUUGCUGGUACGUUUCACAAAGAUCAAGUGAGGUUUUUUUUUUUUUUUUUUAAAGGGACAAACAGACCUGACAACAGUGAGUGAAAUUGGCAUUGUGAUUGUACAUUUUGUUUAUUUUAAGAAUAAAAUAGGAAUUUUGUAACUUAA